CUGGCCAAUCCAGAUAACUCUAUUGAUCAUAUUUUAAAAAAGAUUUUGUUUAGUUUUAGCUCCCCGAUUGACUAUUCUUUUGCGUAUGGCUCGGGUGUAAUCAAACAAUCAAACUAUGAUAAAUUCAAGAAAAAACCUCAAAUCGACUUGAUAUUUGCAACUAAUUACCCUAAAACCUUUCAUUCCUCCAAUCUAAAAGAAAACUAUAAUCAUUAUUCUUUUUUGAAAUAUUUUGGUGCGGAUUUUUUACUGUUUUUUCAGAAAAUUGGAGCUCAUGUGUAUUUCAAUCCUUAUGUUUUAAUUGAUAAUCAUCAAAUAAAAUAUGGAAUUAUUUCAAUCGAAAAUUUAAUUGAUGACUUAGUAAACUGGGAAAACUUUUACAUGGCAGGAAGACUACAGAAACCAGUCAAAACUUUAAUUGAGGAUCCAAGAUUGAGAUUUGCAAAUCAAUUAAAUUUAUAUAAUGCUCUAAAUUUGUCUUUAUUGUUACUAAAUUCCCAAAAUAACAAUAAUUCUAACCAAUUUUCAACUUGGGAAUUAUUUAAUAAAAUAGCUAGUUUAAGUUAUUCAGGCGAUAUUAGAAUGAAAAUUGGCGGUGAAAACCCUCAUAAAGUUUCAAAUAUUGUAUCUGCUCAAUUUCACCAUUUCACUAACCUUUAUAAACCCUUUAUUGAAAUUUCCAAAGAUGAACAAUUUAUUUUGCCUUUGAAUAAAUCCAAUGAAACUUAUCAAUUUAAUAAUAAUCCCAUUAUAACACAAUCUUCAAAGGGCAUCUUAACUGCAGGUUUAUCUAAAAGUAUUAGUUAUGCUUUAGAAAAAAGAAAUAAAGCUAAAUCUUCAUAA